AUGCUCCUCUUCUGUUUUCCAAGCACCAGUUCGGGGAUUCACGCUCCGCCGUUGACGAGACGAAUCACCGGAAUAUCCCCGGAGGGCGCCAGGCACCCGCCAGUUGCCCGUGUUCGAGCGCGACCCAGGCUCACAGCCGGGACGCCGACCGCUCGUGCGACUGCUGAACGCGUGACACGGUUUCGACCCUGCAUUGACAUUCAUAACGGAAAGGUUAAACAGAUAGUCGGGUCAUCACUAUCAGCAGACGGGAGCCGGGCGUCAGUGGUGAACUUCGAAGCGACGCAACCCGCGGCCUACUACGCCUCGCUGUACCGCGAGCAUGCGCUGCCUGGAGGCCAUAUCAUCCUCCUCGGAGGGGAUCGCGAAGCAUCGGAACGUGCUGCGCUUGCUGCUCUUGCCGCAUAUCCGCAGGGAAUGCAGCUCGGAGGUGGCAUUACGGAGGAGAAUGCAGAACGGUUUUUGGAGGCCGGUGCCAGCCAUGUGAUCGUCACUUCGUACGUGUUUCGGGAUGGUCGGCUGGAUGAGUCCCGACUGCUUCGCCUAGCCCACCGUAUUGGCAGAGAGCGUCUGGUUCUUGAUCUCAGCUGCCGAAGUCAUAUUUCGGGGAGCGAAAGCGCAUACUACGUUUACACGGAUCGAUGGACAAGACGAACUGACUUGCGAAUAAGUGGCCAGCUCCUGGAAUGGCUCAGCGAAUACUGUGCAGAGUUUUUAGUACAUGCCGUGGACGUUGAAGGCAAGCAAAUCGGUAUCGACGAAGCAUUGGUGCAUGAGCUGGCUGUCGGGUCCCCAGUACCGGCAACGUAUGCGGGUGGCGUUCGAGACCUAGCCGACCUGGAACGCGUUCGACUUGUUGGUUGCGGCCGAGUAGAUGUCACAAUCGGUUCCGCUUUGGAUAUCUUCGGAGGCGCGCUUUCCUUUGAUAUGGUUGUGGAGUGGCAACGAAGACUGGAGAAAAUGCUUGCUCGAUGA